AUGCGCACGACUGCUAGGGUCAGCCAUAGAGGUGAGAGUGAUGAUGAUAGAAAUUACAGCAUCGGCAAGAAAAACAUAUUCGGAGGAACGCGAAGCCUCUAUCUCCCGUCAGGGGCUGGGAGGCACAGGUGCAUCGGAGAGAUGGUUGCGUAUCUCAACUUCGACAUCAUUGUCGCCACCAUGCUCCACCACCAUCACUUUCACACGAUUGAUGAUAGUUGCACAGUGCCAUCGACCGACUUCGCCUUUUUGUUUUCACGUCCUGUGCAGCCAGCCGUCGUGCGUUGGGGGCGUCGCGAUGCAAAGGGGAGUGAAAAGUGGAUGAGGAUGUCAUUUCCAUCACUAUCAAAGGAAUAA